AUGGCUAAGGUUGCUAUCAUCAUUUACACUCUAUACGGUCACGUCGCCAAGUUGGCUGAGGCCGAAAAGAAAGGUGUCGAAGCCGCUGGCGGUCAGGCUGACAUCUUCCAGGUCCCUGAAACCUUGACUCCAGAAGUCGUCAAGGCCCUAGGUGGUGCUCCAAAGCCAGACUACCCAAUCGCCACAAGAGACACUCUAACCGAAUACGACGCCUUCUUGUUCGGUAUCCCUACCAGAUUCGGUAACUUCCCUGCCCAAUGGAAGGCCUUCUGGGACAGAACCGGUGGUCUAUGGGCCAAGGGUGCCCUACACGGUAAGGUUGCCGGCUCUUUCGUCUCCACCGGUACCGGUGGUGGUAACGAGGCUACCAUCAUGAACUCCUUGUCCACUUUGGCCCAUCACGGUAUCAUCUUCGUCCCAUUGGGUUACAAGAACGUCUUCCCAGAGUUGACCAACUUGGAGGAAGUCCACGGUGGCUCCCCAUGGGGUGCCGGUACCAUCGCCGGUGCUGACGGGUCCAGAAACCCAUCCGAAUUGGAAUUGAAGAUUCACGAAAUUCAAGGUAAGACCUUCUACGAAACCGUCCAGAAGUUUUAA